CACAGCGCAUCCAACUAUGUCAGUAGAACCUGUGCGCCGCACCUAUACAGCUUCCCUCCAGAUAUCCAAUUAGCAGUAACAGGAUUAGUCGGUGGCUGGCGACCCGUGUUGCAGUGGCUCAGUACUGGACCUGGUGCUGAAGAGGACACACCGCAGCCAUGGUGAAGGAAGACCCUGAGACGACGGCGCUCAAGAAAGAGCUCACGGAUUUGAUCGCCGAAGUCAAGUCCCUCCAAGAGAAGGCCGUGGACGCGAAGCUGGCGGAGAAGUGUGGGGACCUGGGCGACGUGCCGAAGAUCCGGCUGCAGGUCAAGAAGGCGCUCAAGGGACACAUCAACAAGGUCAACUCCGUGCACUACAGCGGCGACUCCAGGCACUGCGUGACAGGUUCCCUGGACGGGAAGCUGAUCAUCUGGGACACCUGGAGCGGCAACAAGGUGCAGGUCAUCCCGCUGCGCUCCGCCUGGGUCAUGAGUGUGGCCUUCGCACCGUCUGGGAACUAUGUCGCUUGCGGAGGCAUGGACAACAUGUGCACGAUCUACGACGUGAACAACCGCGAUUCGACCGGCGCGGCCAAGAUGGUGCGGGAGCUGGCCGGCUACGAGGGCUUCCUCAGCUCCUGCCGCUUCCUCGACGACAACCACAUCCUCACCGGCUCGGGAGACAUGAAGAUAUGCGUCUGGGACCUGGAGGCCGGGAAGCGUGAGUGCGAGUUCGACGCUCACGCGGGAGACGUCGUUUCUAUUUCGCUGAGUCCAGACAUGAAGUCCUACGUGACGGGCUCCGUGGACCGCACCUGCAAGUUGUGGGACGUGCGCGAUGAGAAGGCCAAGCAGACCUUCUUCGGACAUGAGGCUGAUGUCAACAGCGUCUGUUUCCACAACAGCGGCAAGGCGUUCGCGACAGCGUCGGAGGACAAGACGGCGCGGCUGUUCGACCUGCGCAGCGACCAGCAGCUCGGACACUACACGCCGCCGGCCAACAGCGGCUUCACCAGCUGUGCACUCUCCCUCAGCGGUCGAUAUCUGAUGGCUGGUUCCGAUGACAACCAAGUGCAUUCCUGGGACACUCUCAAAGUAUCUCAUACAGGUACACUGAUGGGCCAUGAGAACCGGGUGACGUCUAUAUCCAUGUCUCCCAACGGGGUAGCCCUGGCCAGCUGCUCCUGGGAUCAAAGUGUCAAAGUCUGGGGAUAGAGCUUCAUCGCAUUUUGACCUACCACUAAGAUGGA